AUGUCCUUCUACGAGCAGAGCAAAGAGAUCACCGUCAAGGGGGUCGAGACCGAUCUGUCGACGACGCCGGUGGCAGUGGACGAGACGCUUAGCUCCAACAGCAAGAUCUCGGACACGAUCCAGGCCAAGCCAAAGCGCACAUGGCAGUCGUACGUCUGGGACACGCUGGACAAGUCGCCAGAGGAACGACGGUUCCUGUUCAAGCUCGACGCCGCGGUGCUCACGUUCGCCACCCUGGGGUACUUCAUCAAGUAUCUCGACCAGAUAAACAUCAACAAUGCAUUCGUGUCGGGCAUGAAGGAGGACCUGGGCUUGUACAAGAACCAGUUGAACUAUAUGCAGACAUGUUGGACCGUGGGAUAUGUCAUUGGCGAAGUGCCGUCAAACAUGAUCCUCACCCGCGUCCGUCCGCGAAUCUGGAUCCCGCUCAUGGAAGUUGUGUGGGCAGUCUUGACCUUCUGCCUCGCAAAAUGCAACUCCGCGGGCUCGAUCUAUGCCCUCCGGUUCCUCAUCGGUCUUGCCGAAGCCACAUUCUACCCAGGCAUGCAAUACGUAAUCGGAUCGUGGUACCGGAGAGAUGAACUGGCAAAACGGUCUUGUAUUUUCCACACCUCGUCCGCCAUUGGGAGCAUGUUUUCCGGGUAUCUCAUGGCCGCCGUCUACCACCUCGGGGGCAAAGGAGGCUUGAAGGGCUGGCAAUGGCUCUUCGUGGUGGACGGAAUAAUCUCCCUCCCAAUUGCUCUCUCCGGGUUUUUCCUGCUCCCUGACGUUCCCGAAAUCACCACGGCAUGGUAUUUCACCCCAGCGGAGCGCGAGUAUGCGCGCAAGCGGAUGGAGCUGGAAGGCCGCGCCCAAAGAGCCCCGUACACCAAAGCCAAGUUCAAGAAAAUCUUCACAUCUUGGAAGAUUUACAUGUUGGCGGCCUUGUACAUGACCUUCAACAAUGCCGGAGCGGGAGUCAGCCAGCCUACCUUCGCACAGUAUCUCAAGGACUCAACACAUCCCAAGUACACCAUCUCGCAGAUCAAUACAUAUCCGACCACCACAUAUGCAGUGCAGGUGGUCAGUACUCUCAUCUAUGCUUGGACCUCGGACACCAUCUUCCGCGGCGCCCGAUGGCCCCCGAUCGUCUUCGGAGGUCUAGUAUCGAUAGUUUCCUACGCGAGUCUUGCAGCCUGGGACAUACCAGUUGGGUGGCACUGGGCGUGCUACAUUCUGGCCGGAUGUGGUGGCGGCCUGAGUGGGUUGUGCAUGGCUUGGGCGCACGAAAUCUGCACAGAUGACAACGAAGAAAGGGCAAUUGUGGUGGGGACCAUGAACGAGUUGGCCUAUGUGUUUCAAGCUUGGUUGCCGCUGGUAGUGUGGCAGCAGAUUGACGCCCCGAGGUACCACAGAGGGUUUAUCACUUCUGCAUGUUUGAGCGCCGGGAUGAUUGUGUGCGCAUUGGUAAUUAGGGUCUUGUGGAAGUGGGAGCUGGCAAGAAAGAGAAAACUCGGCCCAGUCGUGUGA